AUGGAGCGGUUCCGCUCGCUCUUCCAGCACUUCCAGUCCAGCUCAGAGUCGGUGACGAACGGUCUGUGCCUGCUGCUGGCCGCCCUCACCAUCAAGCUCUACUCCUCCUGCGACUUCAGCUGCCCCUGCCUGGCCCAAUACAACGCCCUCUACGGCCUCGGGCUGCUGCUUCUGCCACCGCUCGCCCUCUUCCUCUGUGGCCUCCUUGUCAACCGGCAGUCCGCGGUGAUGGUCGAUGAGUGGUGCCGGCCGGUGGGGCACCGAGGGAAGGACCUGGGCAUCAUCAGGUACAUGUGCUCCUCCAUGCUGCAGAGAGCACUGGCCGCACCCCUGGUCUGGAUCCUGCUGGCACUCCUGGAUGGCAAGUGCUUCGUGUGCGCCUUCAGCAACUCUGUGGACCCAGAGAAGUUUCUGGACUUUGCCAACAUGACCUCCAGCCAGGUGCAGCUCUUCCUGGCCAAAGUGCCUUGCAAGGAGGAUGAGCUGGUCAGGGACAGCCCUGCUCGGAAGGCCGUGUCCCGGUACCUGCGGUGCCUGUCACAGGCCAUCGGCUGGAGCCUCACCCUGCUGCUGAUCGUGGUGGCCUUCCUGGCCCGCUGCCUGAGGCCCUGCUUCGACCAGACAGUCUUCCUACAGCGCCGAUACUGGAGCAACUACGUGGACCUGGAGCAGAAGCUCUUUGAUGAGACCUGCUGCGAGCACGCGCGGGACUUCGCACACCGCUGCGUGCUGCACUUCUUUGCCAGCAUGCGGGGUGAGCUGCGGGCCUGGGGGCUGCGCCAGAUGCCCUCGGGCUCCAGUCCUGAGCCUGCCAAGCCCUCUUUGCUCCCCGAGGACCCAGAGGACCCAGACGGCAGGUGCAGGAAGGCCCACCUGCGGGCAGUCUGCAGCCGGGAGCAGGUGGACGGCCUCCUGAGCAGCUGGUACUCCGGCAAGCCACCGCUGGAGCUUGCUGCCUCCCCUGGGUUCUGGGGAGCUGGCCUCAGCCACCGCGGCCCCAUGGUGGCCCCAGGCACCAGGCUGUCCCGGCACACGGAUGUGUAG